AUGACCCCAAAGAGAUUGGCGUCAUCUUCAAAGGAAAGUUCGGCAAUGAGACUGAGAACGCGGUAUUGCAGACAACAGUCCUUGCCGGCGUUGCCGAUCCCGAGUACAUCCAGAGUAUUCGAAACAAGAACUACACAGAGGGCUAUGGCAUUCUCCGUGACGAGGAGACGCCAGGGCAGAUCGAUUUGGAGUGGACAGAUUUCGAGCGGAGACGGCGGACCUACUACAAGGUGCACAACUUCAUACGCGUGCUGCGUGACCUAA